AUGAAGUUUCUGUGUAGUUUUCUCAUCCUGGUCAGCUCUUUCGCUGCUUAUGUGCAAGCUAAGCCCAACAGCAGCGUAGUGAGCGCGAGUGUGCAAAAUGCAAUGAAGCAGUAUCUGCUUCAGCAGCGUGACUUUGAUGUCAAUCUUGAUCCCGAUGUGACUUCCGAAUGCUUCCAGCUCUACUUGCCCAUGCUCAAUGAGGUGGCCGCCAGUUUCUCCAGCCAGUAUCAGCAAUGCAUCGCUGUGGCCAACGAAGAAAUUGCAAAUAUAACUUCGCAAGCAGCGAGCAACCAGCAAUUGUACAAGCAGGAAGUUACCAGCAUAUGCAGUGCCUUCACCAGUUGCGACAGCGACAACGAUACUGUUGCCUUCUUCAACUGCUACGCCGCUGCUGCCCAGAGCGAUGUAUCUGUAAUUUACGACAUUUCCACCAAUGCCGCCAGCACGGCCAACUCCCUAAGCCAAGGCAUUCAGGCCAUACAGGACACGGAGUAUCAGUGCACAAACACCACAGAGAGCAACUAUGUGCGUGAUACGGCAGCCACGUAUGAUCUGUUGGACAGCUGUCUGAAAAACGGAUUACCCACAACAUCUACAGCAGUCGGGACUGUCAGCACUACUGCCGCUACUACUCUUAGCUCCGACGCCACUGCUGAUGUCUCGUCAACAUCUGACACUACUGUAGACUCCAGUACCGAUACAACGAAUGCACCCGAAGCAUCUGUAUCGACAGAUGCCUCAAGCGUCUAA